AUGGAUAACAUUGAAAAUCUCCGCGGUACCGCGGUACUGGACUCGCCGUCGUUGAACAAAGGCACUGGAUUCACGUUCACGCAGAGAGAGCGCCUCGGCCUGCGCGGUUUAUUACCACGCAAGUACGAGUCGCCAGAAAUUCAAGUCAGUCGGGCGUGGCAUCAAUUAUGCGCGUUUGAAGAGGACAUCAAUCGUUACGUAUACCUCGAGAACUUGCACAUGCAGAACGAGCGUUUGUUUUAUCGUGUGCUCGUCGAGCACUUGGAGGAUUUGAUGCCAAUCGUGUACACGCCAACCGUCGGAGACGCCGUGGUUAACUUUGAUUCGCUCUAUCGUAACCGCUGCGGAAUGUAUUUCUCACGCUUGGAUUCGGGAGUUAUGCGAACAAUGCUCGAUAAUUGGCCCUCUUCUGACGUCGAAAUCAUCGUCGUCACCGACGGUGGGAGAGUGUUGGGUCUCGGCGACUGGGGCACGAACGGUAUGGCAAUCAGCGUUGGAAAGGUUUCCCUCUACUGCGCGAGCGGAGGCUUCGAUCCAGCGAAGGCGAUGCCGGUUUGCUUGGAUUUGGGUACGAAUAAUACAGCCCUGACCGAACACGAGUAUUACCUCGGCUCGAACGAGUCCAGACUUACAGGGGACGCUCACCUCGCCGUGGUGACUGAGUUCUGUCUCGCCGUCAAGGACAAAUUUCCCAACUGCUUGAUACAGUUUGAGGAUUUCAAGACCGAAGAUGCCUUUCGAAUUCUCGAGCACUUGCGGAGAAAAGUGCUGUGCUUCAACGACGAUAUCCAGGGCACCGGGGCGACAAUUUUGGCGGGUCUUAUAAACGCCUUGCGAGCGCAGGGAACGUCGACACGAGACUGUCGAAUAAUAUUUUUUGGCGCCGGCUCGUCGGCAAUAGGCGUCGCGACGCAAAUCAUGCAACUUCUGAUAAGCGAAGGCCUGAGCGAAACACAAGCUAAGCACGCGAUUUGGCUCAUGGAUAGUAAAGGCUUGAUCACCGACACGCGCGAAGACUAUGACAAUCUGUCCAGCCAGAAGAGAAAAUUUGCUCAACACGGCGAGGAGCCGUGCCCGGAUUUGGGAGAGCUCAUUCAACGCGUGAAACCUCACGCGCUGUUCGGUCUCUCUGGUUUUGGACCAGUCUUUACUCGCGAACACAUAGAGUUGAUGUGCGAGCACAUCGGCAAGCCGAUCGUGUUUCCUCUUUCCAAUCCCACGAGCAAGGCUGAGAUCACUGCGCAAGACGCGUACACUUGGAGCAAAGGAAAGUGUUUGUUCGCCGCGGGAUCACCUUUCGCUCCAGUGACGAUCGAAGGAAAUACGUACGUUCCCGGCCAAGGAAAUAAUAUGUUCAUAUUCCCGGGAGUCGGAUUCGGGGCGGUUUCUGUGCGAGCGGAGUACAUUCCGGAUUCAUUUUUCCUCUGUGCGGCGCGCGCACUCGCCACGAUCGUGCCCGAGGACGAAGUACGCGCAGGAAAGAUUUAUCCAUCCGUCUCGGCCAUCCGUGCCAUCUCAAAGACAGUAGCCGUGGCCGUGGCUGAGCACGCGUAUGAAGUAGGCGUCGCGCAACUCUAUCCCAAGCCCGGCGACAUGGACGCCUUCAUAACUGAACGAAUGUGGUAUCCCAUGAAUGACGGGGCUGUUUGA